CGCACGUCUGCGCGCGCAGCCGUCCAGCUGCUACCAUAAGGCUGCAGCCAGUGCUCAAGGCACUGUUGCAUCGGUCUGUUGCAUGGCGCGACUUGAUGCUGAUGCUGUGGGUGGCCAAUUCAGCCCUACCUGGAUGGGAAGGCACAGCCUAUACACUCAGGUCACGGGAGACGCGAGAGGUCCUGAUAAUGUUGUAGCUCAUGGAGCUAACAGACGGUUGUGGACCGCCGUCGACACGGGAUACCUCCUCGGAAUCCGUGCGGCCAUCCGCGCGGGCGCGGACAUCGACUCGGUCGAUUUAGGGUGGGCAGCGGUGAACUGGGCUGUGAGCCAAAAUAGACUCGACGUCGCUUCUGAACUGCUCUCCCUGGGCGCCAAUCCGAAUGCGGGACACCCGAGGGCAUCCGGCCUGCAUGUGGCGGCAUACCGCGGGAGGUUUGACGUGGUUUUGAUGCUACUUCGCAGCGGGGCAGAGCUUCGGGAGAUACCGGGCGUAGAACAUCCAAUGAAUGUGAUUCCUGAGUGGUUUGGAGCUUCUCCGAUCGUGCCCCGGAGCCGCGUCGAGAAUUGUCCCAUUACGAUUCAGUAUUUAAGACGCGUGCACGAGUCGGGAGGCUUUAACACCUACAAGGAGACACGCUACCGCGGGUGCCUGGCUGUGCAUCUCAUUGCACGCCAUCGGCGCUUGCCUACUGAUGUCCAAGGUGUAAUUCUCAAGACUCUACUGGGCUCCCGGGGUCGCAAGAUAAUCAUCGAAGUGGUUGACAUGUUCUCUGGUCUUCCCGCCACAACAUCGAGGAUUAUUCACUUUAUUGUAGAUGCAAAAAUGUGUCUCCGGAUCCUCUUUAAACGCUACCUUAGAUUGAUGAAUGACGACCUCUCCGAAGUGGUCGCGCGAGUGUAUCAAGGGCGCCGAGUUAAGUUGAGCUUUCGCCUGCCGGACACGGACGUGGGGAUCAAUGGAACUGAAACGCUGCGAUCCUUAGGUUUGUCCAGCGCCGCUGAGGCCGGCGAGAUGGCGCCGGUGGUCUUCGAGGCGCAUCUUUUGGAGGCCUAA